UUGAGCAUGCGUUGAAAUGCCACAGUGCCCGUGUGCCGUCUGUAUAUCCGUGUGUCGCUAUAUAAUAGGGGAAAAUCGUUCCACUUGUCUCAUGCUCAUCGUAUAAGCCAGUCUAGCCAGAAGACUCUGUCUAGCGAAGGUGUUUGUUCAGAGAAAGUCGCUAUUUCUGUAUGUACCCUCGGUAGUGCUGAAGUAGGACACUCCAGGUGCCGCGAAAGAACAAACGGGGAAAUAACAGAAGAGGACAACGAUUUUCUUUCUUCCCGAAAAGUUGAACCCCUCACACAGAUGCUUCCGGCCGACCUGAUUAGUGGGAGUGAUGUGUGAACUAGAUGACCUGUCUGGCCAAUCAGCGGAGCAUGAGAGUGUGCUGACAGCCAGAGCAGCAGUGUUUCUACCAGAGCGUGAGAGGGACUGGAGGAGAGGAACAGAGCCAGAGGGAGACAAGGAGGACUCGGACGAGGCAGAGGAGCAAAGGGGAGGAAUGGGUGUUGGUAAAAACACCACCUCCAAAUCCAUGGACUCCGGCACAGAGCCUGGCAAAUAUGAGGAGGAGAACAAACACAGUGCACACUUCUAUCCCAUCCCAGUGGUUAAUGGUGCCGUGCAGACCCCUGGAGAUCAGGACGCAGAGGACACGCAGCUCAUGGCCAUUUAUGCAAAAGACAGCCAGACUGAGGACAAAUGCUCCAUAUCAGAGACUGUGGACAGUGCAGACAGCAUUGAUGCCAGGAGAAUGGACAUGAUAUACACCAUAGAGGACACACCACCUUGGUACCUGUGUGUGUUCCUAGGUUUACAGCACUAUCUUACCUGCUUCAGUGGAACUAUUGCUGUGCCCUUCUUGCUUGCUGAAGCCAUGUGUGUGGGAUAUGACCAAUGGGCAACCAGUCAGCUGAUUGGCACCAUUUUCUUCUGUGUGGGCAUCACCACCCUGCUGCAAACCACUCUUGGCUGCCGGCUUCCAUUGUUCCAGGCUAGUGCUUUUGCUUUUCUAGCCCCAGCAAGAGCCAUCCUUUCACUGGAUAAGUGGAAAUGUAACGCAACAGCUGUUCAUCUAUUGAAUGCCACCGAGCUGCCACACACAGAAGACAUCUGGUACCCCAGGAUACGAGAGAUCCAGGGUGCUAUAAUCGUCUCGUCUCUAAUAGAGGUGAUCAUAGGGGCUUUAGGUUUGCCAGGUAUCCUGUUGAAGUACAUCGGCCCGCUCACCAUCACCCCUACUGUCACUCUCAUUGGGCUCUCGGGCUUCCAGGCAGCUGGAGAGAGAGCAGGCAAACACUGGGGCAUUGCCAUACUAACCAUAUUCCUGGUGCUGCUGUUCUCUCAGUAUGCGCGUAACAUUCAGUUGCCGCUCCCAAUCUACAAAUCCAAAAAAGGCUGGACGUCUUAUCGCCUGCAGCUGUUCAAGAUGUUCCCAAUCAUCAUGGCUAUCCUUUUGUCAUGGUUUCUGUGUUUCAUCUUCACGGUGACUGAUGUGUUUCCUCCUGAGAAGGACAAAUAUGGCUUCUACGCCCGAACAGACGCCCGACAGGGCAUCCUGGCAGCCGCCCCCUGGUUUAAGAUACCCUACCCCUUCCAGUGGGGGAUGCCCACAGUGACAGCAGCAGGGGUGAUUGGGAUGUUGAGUGCUGUAGUUGCCAGCAUCAUCGAGUCCAUUGGAGACUAUUAUGCAUGUGCCCGUCUCUCCUGUGCCCCGCCUCCACCUAUACAUGCCAUUAACAGAGGGAUCUUCAUGGAGGGUCUUUCCUGUGUUCUCGAUGGUAUCUUCGGGACAGGAAAUGGCUCCACAUCUUCUAGCCCAAAUAUUGGAGUGCUGGGCAUCACCAAAGUGGGGAGUAGGCGGGUAAUUCAGUAUGGCGCGGCACUGAUGCUGUUACUAGGAAUGGUGGGUAAAUUCAGCGCUCUCUUCGCAUCACUGCCAGACCCAGUUCUGGGGGCGCUGUUCUGCACUCUAUUCGGCAUGAUCACCGCUGUUGGCCUUUCCAAUCUUCAAUUUGUGGAUCUCAACUCAUCCCGCAAUCUGUUCGUCCUUGGCUUCUCCAUCUUCUUUGGCCUGGUCCUGCCCAGUUACCUCAAAGAAAACCCUCUAGUCACUGGUAUAGUGCAGAUAGAUCAGGUGCUGAACGUUCUGCUUACGACUGCCAUGUUUGUAGGAGGUUCAGUGGCGUUUGUGCUGGAUAAUACUAUUCCUGGCACCCCGGAGGAAAGGGGCAUACGCAAGAUGAAUCGUGGAAACGGUGUAUCUAAACGGGACAGAAUGGAGUCUUACGACCUUCCCUUUGGUAUGGACUUCCUGCGGCGCCAUCGCAUUUUCCAGUACCUCCCAAUCAGCCCCACAUUCGCUGGCUACCCAUGGAGCGUCCUCACCCACAGAUGCCAUGAGCGCCACGACAGGAGAGAGGACGACAUACCAACGAAGCCAGAACUGGGAGAAAGUGGGGUAUAGUGUAGGUUUUUAGAUAGUAGUCACAAUGCUCCAUUCCACCCAGUCAGUGCAAUCUUCAGUCCAGUCCUUUACUAAACAGCCAGCGAUAAACUCUUUUCAUCCCACAAUCCUUUAAAACUCUGUAUCCUUUUUGAUUGACUCAUCAAGUUUUUCCAAAGUUGGUUUCUAGCUGUGAACACGGCUUCUAAAAACUUUGACAACACAGCAGCUUUGGCAUUGAUCUGAAAGUCUCUCCAUGACAACCGCGAGUGGAUACAAUUCAGGUUGUACUUGUUCAUCUCUCUAUGUGUGGGAGGACAUGUGAACAGAGACUGAAAAAUCACUAUAUAUUAUCUACUGGAUUUCCAAUAUCAGUGUUCUUUUUUUUUUUCGACCUGCACAGCUCCAUCUGCACGAAGCGUCCUUUUUUGUUGAUAAUUGGGUGUUUGAAUUUAAACGAAGCACUAAUGAGUGCUAUCACACACUUUCACAUUCAAUACACACACAAAGACAUGCUCACACUCGCAUUAUGCAUGGUGCAGUUCCGGAUCCCUGUUGAAGCAAGAGGAUCGUUAAGGUUUACAUAGUGAUGCAAGGUUAUUGUGCUUUAUGAUUGAAUUGCAUUGCUUGAAUUAACGCACAAAAUGUAGUUUGCUUGUUCCUAAUUUAACUUCUAGAGUCUUGCUUCCAAAUCGUAAGUUAGCUGCUAUUUUGAUUAAAAACUCAUGACGAAAGGGGUGUUUCUUCUUAAAUACUGUUAUUUGACACCUUGAAAUUGUAGUGAUUGCCCGUUUUGGAGGCAGAUAGCUAUGCAGUAGGUAAAAUUAGACGAAAAUCGAAUGUACUGUCAGUGCAUGGUUUCAAAAGAAGGAAGACUGGAAGGGAAAAACUUGAGAAUAGUUGCACUCAGGCAGUCCCAUUGAAAGAUGUGGGGAAAUGAUUGCGAUUGAGUCGAUUGAGCCCUCCUUUUGGCUCAACCACAUUUUUGUUUGAUAUAGGUGGCACUUCCUCACUGCUGGUUAAGUGAACGUGGUUUAUAAAGUAGAUUCCCACAAGCACUUCAGAUGUGGUUUGUUUUUGAACACAGAGAGGAUGGGUGGCAUUUAGUGGGCGUUCAUUGACCGGUUCUUCGGCUUUACAAAUCCUAUUAUACUAUAUUAUCACAAUCAAUUUCUGAUCAUUAGUAUUUAGUUGUAACUAUAAAUU